GAUGGAGACGAGACCCCAGCUUUGGGGUGCCACCAGCCCGGGGUGCUGCCAUGAUGGAUUUGGGGCUCGUCCCCUUCCCACGGCAUCGCCCUGGGUUUGCCGGGACGCUCCUGUCUGCACCCAACUCCACAGCCAUUGGCCAUGUUGCUGCGGUUGUAUAACAGCGGGUAUAACCACGGAUGGAGCAGACCCGGAACCCAAAGGCCGUCCCGCCAACGGGGCCCUCGUGCGAGGGACGGCUCCUGGCUGCGUGUCGAGGAAGGACUCUCGUCCUCAGAAACUUCCCUGCGUGUCCUUAAUUGUUUUGAUUUUUGGUCAUUUUUUUUCUGAUUGAAAUUUCCGUUUGGAAAUCAAUCAAAGGUCUGAUUCACUUGGGAGCAAAUCGCUGCUUGGGAACGUCGAGGUGAGGCUGACGCGCGAUGGCCCACAGCCAGUCUCGGAAGCGAUCACGAAGCAGGAGCAAAAGCAAUUCUCGGAGCAGACAGAAGAGGAAGGAGAAGAAAAGGAGGAAAAGCAGCAAGGACUCACACCGGGGCAGCAGCUCUCCUCUGAGGAAGCGGACCUCUGAGUCGCACAGACACAAGUCGAGCUCAGCGGCACCUAAGGAAGAAAAGAAGAAGGAAGGAAAAGACAAAAAGAAGAGGAAGGCAAGUACCUCUUCCUCUGAGACAGCAUCUUCAUCCACUGGCUCCUCCUUGUCGUCUUCUUCCUCCAGUUCCUCGUCUGAUGACUCCAGUGACAGUGACUCCAAAACAAAGAAGAGUCGACACAGCAAAAAAAAGCAAGCAAAACAGAAAGACAGAAAGAAGAUGAAGAAGAAGAAGAAGAGAAUAAAGAAGAAAUCAAAAAAGAAGUCAAAAGAAAAGGCUAAGGAGGAGAAAACCAAGGGAGAAGCGGUGCCCGGCCCCUCACUGGAGCAGUGGCAGAAGGAAUCACUGGUGGACUCCGGACCAGUUUUGACAGACGAACAAAAAUCCCGAAUCCAGGCUAUGAAGCCAAUGACAAAGGAAGAAUGGGACGCGAGGCAGAGUGUCAUAAGGAGAGUCGUGGAUCCCGAAACGGGGCGAACCAGGCUUAUCAAGGGAGACGGAGAAGUACUAGAAGAGAUCGUCAGCAAGGAGAGACACAAGGAGAUUAACAAGCAAGCGACCCGGGGGGAUGGGCUGGCCUUCCAGGUGAGGACGGGGAUGCUGCAGUGAGCGGGUGGGCGCCAGCCCAGCCGGGAGCCUCUGGACCACACAGACAGCACCACGGCAGGAUGCUUCCCCAGGGGCAGUUUCCAACCACUCUGUAAGUUACUGACUGGGAAGGAGAGCAACUUUAAUGGUUCAACUCCCAGUAAACAGCUUCUCCCCUCCCUCUCCUGAUUGGGCCCAGCGUGGCUGUAACGCACGUGGACCUACUUGCCCCGAUGAUGCCCCUUUCGAGGCUGGAGGAGCUCAGCAGCACCCAGGCGCCAGGCUCGCUGGUGCUGAGCACCUCCAGGUGCUGCUGCCCCUCAGCUCUGGGCUUGGGUGGGCAGGCGCCAACACUGCAGCCAGGACAGGGUACAUGCUGGGGCUGCAAAAUACACAGUCAGCUGCGACAUCUUCCCUUCAGGAGCCGUGCUCGGCCCCUUCUUUACUGGAUCUGCGUGCCCUGUGCUUACCCGGUGCCGCAGGCUCGUGGGCCCUUCGCACUCUCCCACCCCACUCGGAAUGGAGCAGCCGUGCUGCUGCGUGGCUCUGCUCAGCCUGCGGCUCCUCCGCGCCUGCAAGUGCUGCCGUCUGCUGCGCUCCAGGGGCUUUUCUCAGCCUUUCUGCGGCUGCAGCUCAUCAGGUGGCGCUGGGGGAGCACGGGCCUGGGCCACCACCCUGGGGUGCGGGCAGGCAUGCUUUGCAGAGGGGUGGCUUUGCCUUUAUCUGUUCCUGCAUGUGACUUGCAUCCCUUCCCUGCAGCACAGCCCCUGGGCAGCGUUGGGGCUCUGGGCUUCUCGGGACCCCUGCCCACGGCCACUGUGAAGCAAAGAGCAGGCCUUUCCCCCACUGCAAAGUCCAUAAAUCUACAAACUUUAAAAAAAAAAAAAAAAAAAAAAAAAAAAGGCAAAAAAACCCCAAAAAAGACAAAUGGGUUAAAGGACUAAGGGGGUCCUGCAGGACUGAUCUGCGCGGAGAGUUUCCACGUUCUGUUCAUCACUGUAACCCCAUUAAACUGUCGCCUGCUCA